AAUCCCACUUUUGUCAGUGUGGAAUAGAAAAAGAGUGACAUAAAGAAUUGCCAUCCAGAAGGCAAGAGGAUUUGGACAAGGUAUAGUGCUGAAUCGCAUAGGAGCUGAACCAAAUGUCCCGGGAAAUGUUGUGCCCAAUCUUGAAAUCCCAAAAACAACAGAAACAACAAAUAUGGCAGGAACUUCUUCAAAUUCAAAAACUGAAAUGAUGGAAUUUUUGGAAAAAUUUAGUACAUUGGCAAAGCCGCUUGCUUCCAAUGUCAGCGAGAUCUACAACAUGCUAGACAAAGCGCAUGAAAUGUUUAACGAGGCCGAUACAACAGACAAAAUGCACAGCCUAGUUUAAAACAUUUGGAACAAGUACACCUCUAAGAAACAAAAGCUAAGCCAAAACAAAGAUGAAGAAGAGCAGAAAAACAAAACCCCAUCAAUUUUAAGCCAGGAUCAACAUCUGUUUGACAUGCCUGGAUUCAUGGAGGAGUUGGAUAACUUAAUGGCAAAUGAGUGGAAUAUGUAUUAUGAGCAAAGAGCGAAUGAAAAGAAGAUACAAAGCACUCCUAGAGAUGCACAGAUACAUGAAGUACUGGAGAAUCCAGAGGAUUUCAUUACUCCAAGGCUAGAUAUACCAACUCCACGGUUCAGAACAAGAACCCCAACACCAGAACCUGAAAUUCCUUCCGAGCCUGAAAUCAUGAAGCCUGCCAUUAAAACUGCAUCAAACGAAACACCAGAAGCCACUAGGACCGCAAUUGCAAAAUACACAAGCUUCAACUUACUAUCUCCCUCGCCAAUCAAUCAAGAACAAAAAGCUGAAAAUCCAGAGCAUAACAUUGUUACCCCAGCUUCACCAAAACAGUGAGCAAAUGAGUCAGCUGCUGAAAAUUUGAUGAAAAUGGCAGAUGCAGCAGCUAUGGAAAGCGAGAAAAUUCUUACCGCUGGAGAUGCAAAACAGAAGG